CAUUCCCCUAGAUAACCACCAUCAAUUCAAGUUCUAACCAACUCAUCAAUAACAACAACAAACAACACACAACAUGUAUGCUUCUACUUCCUUCACUUCACAGCUUAUCCAUGAUCUUCUUGUGGAAAAUUCCCCACACACAAGAAAGCUACUUCUUCAAUUUCCAAUUGAUCACCAUCAAAUUCAAUCACCCACCUCUUCACCUUCCAUGAUGAACUCAUCAACAACAGAUUAUUCAUACCUCGGAAACCGCAAAUUCGACGCGAACGUUGUGAUGAUACUUGCUGUCCUGUUGUGUGCUCUGAUCUGCUCACUGGGGUUGAACUCCAUCAUAAAGUGUGGGUUGAGAUUCUCCAACAUAGCCAUCAACGAUUAUAGCGGGACCAACAACCAUAGCGCCUCGCCUCGAUCGGCCAGCAAAGGGAUCAAGAAGAAAGCUCUUAAGAAAUUCCCCACAAUGAGUUACACAGCAGAGUUGAAACUGAAACUCCCUGGUUUGGAUACAGAGUGUGUGAUUUGCCUCUCAGAGUUCACAGACGGAGAGAAGGUUCGUGUUUUGCCGAAAUGCAACCAUGGUUUUCAUGUUCGUUGCAUUGACAAGUGGUUGAGUUCACACUCUUCAUGCCCCAAGUGCAGACAGUGCCUUCUUGAGACUCAAAAGGUUGUUGGGUCAUCACAAGUACAACCACAACAACAACUAGAAGCUGUGUUGCCAGUGCCAGAGGUCGUUAUAAGGAUUGAACCAUUAGAGCCAGAAGGUGUGGAACGUAGCUAUAGAUGACCAAACCAAUCGGAGCUAUGAUCACAUUGUGGUGUUUUAAUUUAUUUGUUGCUGAAUUGAGCUAGUUCAAAUUUAUUGUUGGUUUAGUUGCUUUACCAAGACCCCAAGUGUAAAUUAAAGUAGUUCAAAUUUUAAGGUUGCCAUUAUUUUUCAGGAGAAAUGCUAGAUGAAGUAAACUUAUCAUUACCAACUUUGAAA